GAGCCGCCGCCGCCGCCGCCGCCGGGUCUCUCUCGCGUCGGUUCUCCUGAGAAAGUGGUGAGGGAGUCUGGAAGGGGAGCCGAGCCGGGCUAGGUUCGAGACUGAGGGGCAGCAGCGGCUCCUUCAGACUGUCCGGCUGAGGGGAAAGCGGGUCUUCCGAGGAGGGCAAGUCGGUGCCAUCCCCUCCCCCCCCCCCUUUGGUGGAAGAGAAAGAGAGAGGGAGGAAUUAAUGGAGGGCUUUUGGGGAUUAGUUCUCCACAGAACCAGGAUCUCUCUCUCUCUCUCUCUCUCUCUCUCUCUCUGUGUGUGUGUGUGUGUGUGUGUGUGUGUGUGGAGUUUCUGGUGGGGGUUGGGGAAGCGACACUUUCUUCAUGCACUUGCUGCAGAUGGUGCAAAGGUUCCUCACGUUACUUUCUUCCUCUCCUCUCCCCUCCCCUCCGGGAGAGAGACAGGCUGACAGUCAAGAUAGAAAGUUGGAGGAGGUUUUUCUGGCCUGGGAAUAGGUGAGGAGGCGAAGGCAGGAGGGAGUUGUCUUUUCCUCCCUCCCUCAGGGAUCUCUGCUUAGCCACCCCCCCUCCCGUGGGUGGAAAAAUAGCACAGGGGGGAGGGGGGCUAGGGGUCGGAAUUCCCCCCACCCCAAGCACAGAGUUCGCCUCUCUCGCGCACAGCUUUUGUGCCUGAUGUAGCAUUGCCGUGCAUCGCUUGAUUUCAUCUACUGUACAGUAUUUAUUUAUAAGUUUUGCAAAACAAAUGAUUCUGCUUGGACUAGGGCAUGGGUUGGCACAACGGUGGUAUUUGUUGGACUGCCGACGUCAAUUUGCUGGACAGUUGUCUAAAACCGGCACCUCAAGUUUAGUCUAACUUUUUAAGGAAUGCUGUGUGCUAAUUGCUGGGAUGUUUUUAUAAGGCUCUCCCCCCCCCCCCAUGGGCAUAUCGGAAGGGAGGAAAUGGGGCAAUCUUCUCUUCCCUUUGGAUUUGAAAAGCAAUGUAUCAAUCGUAGGUGCUAGAAUAAGGUUAUUGUCUGGUCCAGCUAAAUGAUUUUUCAGGAGUUUGAUUUUUAUGUAUAGCAAAUGGCAAACGAGGUUCUGUGUGUUUUCUCCCCCUCCUUCUCUGCUACCCUCUUGUUUUUCUUGAGUCUGAAGCAUGACCACCAAUUUUUUUUAAAAGAAAGCUUUCUCCUUAUUAAUGUCUUGUCUUAUGCUGUAUUUAAUGGAACACAAGUGCCUUUGUAGUUUUGUGGAAAACUUUUACCAUUAUUUUAUGGAUUUUGGUUUAACUAACAUUGUUAUUGGGUAGCUAGCUCACUGCUUUGUUUUGACAAUAGACUGUUCUGAAACUGAUAAAUUAUCUAAUGCACCUAUUAACAUAUAAAGUGAGUUUGUAAGCUUCAUUUUUAAUGUAUGUUAGAGGAUACCUUUGAAUACUUGCAGCAUGGUUAUCCUAUUUUUAUAGGAUUGGUUGUUGGCAAAACAUUGUUUGAAAACAGGUAUCGAUAUUUUUGAUUUAAAGAUUCUUGCUAACAAAAAGACUGCUGUGAAUUCUUUUACCUUAUUUUUGUGUUCAAUUUUCAUUCCUAAAUGUUAACACUAGAUGGCUUUCUUGCAUCGUCCAGAAAGUACAGUACGGUUCAGAGCUGGCUUCUGACUUUGCUAGGUUACCGUAUAUCCUAGCACUUUCUGCUUAUAAAAUACUAGAGUGCCCUGGUCUGUUUUAUAGUAAAUGGAACUAAAGUAAAACCAAAUUUAAGCAGUUCCGUUCUUGGCAGUUUUGUUUUGACAUUCUUCUUUACAGAAGUUCUACGGUAUGUGUGCAGUUGUUUGCAAUUCCUGUAAUUCUGUGGUAAGCGAUGCUCAGAAAAAGCUUUGAAUGUAUUUUUACAUGAAAAGGGCUGCUUUAUAAUUGAUGCAUAUAUUGAUUAAUCAAAAUUGCAUUGCUUUACAUUCUCUUUGAAACUGGUAUAACCUCUUUAACUGAUUUAAUAUAAACAAAACAAUAUUUUCUCUAGUUUUGUGCUUUUGUUGUUAAUUUUGGCCAAAAUGAUGGUACUCAAAGUCACAUUUCAUUAGCUUCUGUGUAGCUAAUACACUUGUAUUUUGUUUGUACAAAAAGUGGCCACAGAACAGUUCUUUAUGUAGUGCAUGAUGUUUUUCUUCUUAUGAGCUAGGUGACUGUGCAAGUAGUGUAGAUAUGCUUCUCUCCAUUCAUAUGAGCACAGUAUGAAAUUGAGACUGCGCUGUUGUUGUGGCCUGUCUUCUACUUGGGUCAUGCUCUGAAGAGUAAAAAUGUCCCGUCCCCACCCCGUCCCCGGAAUAUCAGCACCCUUAGAGUGCAUAUCAAUACAGAGGAUUGAAAUGUAGAGGUGCUGCAUUUGGAUUUAGGAAGGAUAUUGGGCUCAUUAUGGUUAUCAUUUAUCUAUGCUGUUUUCUGAACUAUUGUUAAUGGAAAACAUGAAAUGUAGGACCCCAAUGCAGGCUGUGACUAAUGUUGUCUGUUCCCCAGUAGUAGGCUUUUCUUGUUGGUUGAUGCUACAAGAAGUAGAUUGAGAUAGUUGGCCACUUCUGCUUCUGUUUGUUGUUUCUCACAUUGGUAAAUUCCAUCACUGAAUGUUAGAACUGAAAUUGUCUUGAUGGAUGUUACUUUACAUGUAUGAUUUGGGCUCAUUUUAAAAUGUACUUCAGUGUCAUGUCUAUCCCUAGACCUGACAGAGGGUUAGAGCAUAAUCUACUCACUUGGUAUGCUUUCUAACAUGACUACAAUAAGUCAAAUUGUUUGCAUUCUACCUGUAAAAGCUGCUUACAUUUUCUGUGCUCUUAUCCAUGCACUUUAGUUAAGUUUGUGUAUCCAGUUCCAUGUUUCUGGAUUUGUCAAGCUUGAUUGGCAGGUGUCUUAUAAGUAAUCAGCUCAUUUGGCUUUUAUAGGAGACACUCAGAAUAUUUGACAUCAUCUGUUAAUUUGCAACUGAAUUAAUUUCUGGAAUAAAAGUUGCCUACCUGUACUUUUGUAAUUCAUUAACAUAAUUUCAAUCUUGCAAACUCCUAUCUUUUCAGUUUUCUUUGAAUUUAUAUUACAGUUAGAAUAUUUUGUCAAGCUAUUUUGAUGUGUGAGAAACACUUGUUUAAUCAGAGUUUGAAAUGUCUGCCUCAUGUACAUUGAUGGCACUAAAUUAAAUAAACACAGCAUUUACAAAAAGUUGUGGAAGAAUUGAUUUUAAAACUUACUGAUGAAGUAAAAAGUUCCCCCAAUUAAUUGAGUAGAUGUUUAUUUGGUCCUGUGUAAAUACUUCUAAUAAUAGUAGAGGAAGAAGUGUUUCCAAGGUUGUGCUGGCCAGGAUUGGAGGGGGACAAGUUUUUCUGUCUGUCCUUGGUGGAUCUCCUUUUAAUAAAAUGCACCCCCUCCAAAAAAUAAAAAAUAACCAAUGCAGGAUAAUUACAGUAAUUAUGCCUGUUCCAAACUGGCAUUGUUGAUGAUUAUGAUCCUGAAGCUUCUUCAAGAAGUUUCAAAUUGAAGACUGCUUCUACCCCGUUUCAAGGCCUAACAUUGACUACUGUCAGCAGUAGAACUAUGUUCAUAGAAGUAUCUGCCAGUGUGCAGCAGGGGCCUGUGCACCAGAUGUGCCUAUCUACCAGUGCAGCUCUUCACCAGCACUAGCUGCCUCCAGCCAGUGAAUGGGGGCAGGGUAGGAUUGUUCUUCCAAACUCGUGUAGUUAUUUGACUUUCUUUAAUUGGGUGAGAAUUAUAAUCAUAGAGGUGGAAAGACCCAAGGGUCAUCUUGUCCACCCCCCUGCAAUGCCGGAAUCUCAGCUAAAGCAUCCAUGACAGAUGGCCAUCUAACUUCUGCUUAUCCCCCACCUCUUGUGGGGUUCCGCUGUUGAAAAGCUGUUUCUGUCAGAAAGUUUUUCCAAAUGUUUAGUCAGAAUCUUCUUUCAUGUAACUUGAAGCCAUUGGUUCAAGUCCUACCCUCCAGAACAGGAGAAAACAAGCAUGUUCCCUCUUCCAUGUGACAGCCCUUAAGAUAUUUGAAGAUGGCUAUCAUAUCUCCUCUUAGUCUCCUCUUUUCCAGGCUAAACAUAUCCAGCUCCUUCAAGCACUCCUUGUAAGGCUUUAUUUCCAGAUCCUUGAUCAUCUUGGUUGCCCUCCUUUACACACGUUGCAGCUUGUCAACACCCUUCUUAAAUUGUGGUGCCCAGAAUUGGACACAGUAUUCCAAGUGUGGCCUAACCAAGGCAGAAUAGAGUGGUACUAUUGCUUCCUUUGAUCUGGACACUGUACUUCUGUUGAUGCAGCCUGAAAUAGUGUUGUUUUUUUGCUGCUGCAUCACUCUGUUGACUCAAGUUAAGCUUGUGCAUCUGGUUCUUCCUGCCUAAGUGUAGGACCUAUUGAAAUUUAUUUUGUAAGCUUGCAUCCAGUUCUCCAAUCUGUUAUGGUCAUUUUGAAUUCUGAUUCUGUCUUCUGCAGCAUUAGCUACCCCUCCCAGUUUGGUGUCAUCUGCAAAUUUGAUGAGCAUCUCCUCAAUUCCUUCAUCCAAGUCAUUUAUAAAGACGUUAAACAACAAUGGGCCCAGGACAGAACAGUGUGGCACGCCACUUCUCACUUUGUUCAAGGUUGACAAGGAACCAUUAAUGAGUACUCUUUGGGUUCAGCCAGCCAGCAACAAAUCCAUCUUGUUCAACCCACAUUUUACCAGCUUCCUCACAAGAAUAUCAUAACUUCACUGUCUACACAUUGUGAACUACUCUGGAUAGUCACACACUUCUGCAUAAGUAUUCUGUAUAUUAACAUGAGAAGUGUUCUAUAGUAUCUCCAGCUGGUCAUUGCAGCAGCAAAGUUGGGAGCAGUUUACAGAGAGAAGUGUUGGUCUGCCAAUGUGGGCAUACCUUCUGCUGCAUAGGAUCAUAGUAUUUAGUGUUUCUUUUGUGCAUUUUAAGCUUUUCAAAUACCAGUGUGGCAAAGCAUCCAGAAAAUGUAGAGCUGGAGAAUGAAAUUCUCAAAGAAAAGACCAGUAGGAAGUGUACCCGGUUUGGCACUGUUGGUUUGAAAACACUCUGAGUGCCUUCAGAAAAUAGCAUCCAGCCCUCCCCAGUGCAUUCCAUUCCUGUUCCAAAGCAGAAGAACCAGUAUGGGGGUUGUUGGUUUGGUCCUGUGUGGCCAAGGCUCAUCGGACAUUUUGGCAAUGCAGCUGCCAAUCUCCAUCAUUCCUUACAAUUUUGGAGGUGGCAGACAUAACCACAUACUUGUCUGGAUGACCUCCACUCACCUCUAAAGCUUCAGAGUUGGGAAGAAAGCUGAUUUGAUGUAGCUUUGUUGGAGUGAAAAUAAAAGGAUAGGAGGGAAACCUAGAGAUAGAUUAGCUAUUUCUGAUUAGAUUUUAAUUUUGAUAAGUAAGAUGAAAAUUAAACCAAGUUCCUAGACAGAGUUAAAAUAAGUUAUUGAGUCAUCACUUGCUCUUUCAACAUCCUAAUGAGGCUGAUUUUAUCACUAGAUGAUGGGCCCUGGCAUUGAUUUGCUGUAUGACCAGCAGUACAAUUGUCCUCCAUGGGCUUCAUAUACCAGCUGUACCACUACAAAUGAUUGUGUUGAGUGGUGCUUUGUUUAAAAGAGGGGAAACAAAUGUGAUGUUAAUGUACAAUUUCCAGAGUUGGCCACAUAUGGGGAUUGGAGAGGGGACUGGCAAGGAAGUGCAUGGAUGGACAAGAUGUAGACAGUAUUGUGGUGAGACAAGAAUUUUAAGAGGUGGGAAUAAAGUGGAAUCAGGGGUUUUCAUGGAUGGAAUAGCAUGAAAAACAAAGUAUUUACAGAUUUUGUUUAAAAUAUUUUUCAGAAUGUGUAUUGUAAAAACUCAAGUUAGAUAGGAGUUAAGUUGUGAAAACCCUAAAGAAAAGUAUUUGUUAAAAGUGUAAUAAAUAACCCCUUUUAAAAGUUCUUAUAACACAGUUAAUAAGGGCUUGUAGUAACCUAUGCUAAGGUCUACCAUUUGUUAACACAUUAUUUCUUAUCCUCACCGAGGACACCGUUCAGUGGAAAUGUCUCUGGCACAAACACCGUUCAAACUAUAUGAAUGGUUGCAUGCUACAUCCAGGGUGGCUUGCAUAAAUGUUCCCAGUGAAUUGCUCAUACAGUAUGUAUAACCCCAGUGUAGUCAGAAUUGUAACCUGUAUUGUGGAACCUUUCAAUUAGUUCAUUAAUGUAUAAUAAAUUUAUAAGCUUUGUUAAAAUGACCAUGAUAGAUAUUUGCAUUAAAUAGAUUUAUUUAGUAUGGCCUUCACAAAAAACUUCAGUGAGAAGAUGAUGUGUUCUGUAUAUGUUCUACAUGGUGUGAUUUAAUCAUUUGCUUCCAUUUUAAAAGACAACAAUUAUAGUUGUAAAUAGCUUUUUUGAAAGCAUAGCAUAAAUACUAUAGGAGUUAAUGACAUUUCAAAAUAACAGCUGCUUUUAAAAAUAACAUUAAGUACUGGUGUGUGUGCAUUUUUAGCAUUCACUUGAUUUUGGAAGGUAGUGUAGCUGAACAGCUGCAGAUUGUGUAUUUUCAUCACAAGCUGUGGAGUUGGAAAGUUACUCUACUUCUUCCUAUCCAACAAAGGUAGUUUGAUGCUUGAGCAGCUAGAUCAAGGUCACUUAGUUUCAACUACACACAGUACAGAUUAUUAUUAUUUGUUUGCUGUGUAUAACAGUGUAGUAAUUCACUGAAAGGAAAGGCAUCUACAGGGUUAUUUUGUAUGUUCUCACAGUCUCACAAACUUUCAAUUUUUUCUUUUAUGUAAUUGUGCUUAGUAAUAAUGAUCUACACAGACACUCUACAUAUUCAGACUAUGAUUAAUACAAAUGAGCUGUCAAUGGUGCAAUGCUUGUUUGUAAUAUACAAGAGAUCUGAAGCAAAAUGUUGUAGCAUUGUGAGUUCUGUUCACUGUUACCAUCACUCAUCCAUGCUAUCCAUGAUAACACAACUCGGUUCAUUUCUCCUCUGGUUUUCUACCCUUCCCCCCAACUAUCAGUCAGUAUUUAUUGGCAACUGAAUAAGCUUACUGGUAGUUCUCAUUGGAUUAUUUUGUGUUCCCCUCUUGUUUUUUAUCUCCUAAGUAUUUUUGUACUUCUGAGCAACUUAGGCUCUCCCAAGCCCACUAAUAUAUCAGUGUUAUGUGUGGAUUAUGCUGUUUUUGGCUAUUAGUGCUCACAUCCUGGACUUCAAAAGCAUACGGAAUGGUAGAAUGAUUAUUUACUGAGAUGUGCUGACUGUGUUGAAUCUUACUGGCUUGCUUAAGAUCUUGACCAGCUUCUUUCGAGAAGCUUUACCCUAAAUCCUUAACUAGUGGCUUUCACAAUGCUACUUGUUUCAAUAAUGACCAUCUGUGUUCUAGAAGAUUUCGAGGCAUGAUUUUGGCCCAAAUCUUGCAGUUACCACUACUAAAUAUUCAGCUGUUGUAACUCUUUUUCAGGUCAAUUGCAACAGUCAGUGUACUUGAUUCAUAUAUUUAUCAUUCCUCAUAUUUCAUAUUACAGUUGUAUUGUGAUUGUGGCACUGCCCAAGCAUGUGGGGGGGGGAUGAGGGGGACCGAGAGAUCCUCAGCUGAUGAAGCAUUUUGGCCUCAGUGAUGACGAAUCAAGGUAACAAGUGAGUUAGGCAACUAUGUAAGGACUGAUGACACCCACCCAAGAGUUCUUAAAAGAACUCAAAUAUGAACUUGCUUAUGAUCCAUACUUUUGUUAGAAGAUAUCCAACCAUGUUGCUCAGCUGAUAGCAAAAUGUCUAUCAGAAGAAAGGGGAGAGAAACAAUUUUCAGUGAACCCCACUCCUCCCUGCAGCUCCCAAAUUCCUCUGGAGGGGUCAGUUUGAGCAAAUUUAAGGGGAAUGUGGAGGGGAAUUGUGAAAAAAACUAUUCUCUCCAUUCUUCUGACAGAAGUCUUACUGUCAGCUGAUCAACACUAUUGGAUAUAACCCAGUGUAAUUUGUCUGUAAGAUCAGCCUCUAUACUCGAGAACUGGAAAGAGGCCAAUGCAACUUUAAAAGAGGGAGGCAGGAUCCAGGGGUGAUCUAAGAAAUGACAAGCUGGUUAGCUUAACAUCUAUUCCUGGAAAUUACUGAGCAAGUCUUGAGGAACAAGUUUUGCUGAUGAAUAAUCAGUGUGAUUUGUAUAAGGAUUAGUCUUGUGGUUAAAACAAAAAGGGAUUUUGAGGAAUCCAAAAUGAAAUCUCCAAACUGGGUAAAUGGGCAUUAAAAUGUGAUUAAAUGUAAGGAAUUGUAAAGCGAUGUACACUGGAGCAAAAAGCCUAACUUCACAGAUACGUAACUCUGCAGUGAUUUGAGCAGUAAAGUGAUUUUGGAGUUGUGGUGGAUAACUCAAUGAAGAUGUCAACUUAGCUAUAGAAAUGUGAAUUUCAUGUUAGUGAUAUUUAGGAAAAGGGUUGAAAAGAAAACAAUCAGUAUCAUAAUGCCAUUAUACAAAUCUUGUCAUGAAAUCACACUUGGAAUACUGUGUUCAGUUCUGGUCGUCAUACCUAAAAAAAAGAUGUAGAGUUGGAGAAGGUUCAGAUUAAGGCAGCCAGAAUGAUCAAGGGAUUGUAAAAAACUCUCCAAUGAGGAAAGGUUACAACAUUUGGACAUGAGAGAGUCGUAUAAAAGUAUGCAUACUGUGGAAAAAGUGGAUGGACAGAAGUCCCCAUCCCCUCAUAAUACUAGAGUGGGGGCCAUCUGAUGAAGCUGCAUGUUGGAAGAUUUAUGACAGAUGAGAGAAAGUUCAUUCAAUUAAACUGGACAUUGUUCCCGCAAGAUAUAGUGAUGUCCACUAAAGUACUUGCCUUUAAAAGAAAAGUUCAUGGAGAAUAAGGCUAUUGGUUGCCUCCUCCAGUAUUGGAGGCAAUAUGGCCCUGAAUGUCAGUUGCUGGAAAGCGCAAGUAGGGGAGUGUGAUGUUGUUUUCAUGUCCUGCCUAGGGGAGAAUAGUGAAUCAAGGCCAUCACAAUCAGAGAAAAGACGGGCCACAAGCAGAAGAAAGAGGUUCAUGUAGAACAGAUAACAGCUGCACACUACGGGUCAAGUUACUGUAUACGUAUUAUUGUGAAAUUAUGGAACUGAAAUACAUUGUAGAAAGCACUAGGUAAGAGAGGUGAGAGAGGACAAGCCAAGUAUUUGAGUGAAUCCAUGUUAAAGAAUUCUUAAACAUGAGCCACUAUGCCAGAGCUCCUCAUGUGUAUGCUUUACAGUGUGCCCGUCACUGUUAAAUGCAUCUUGCCAUCGUGUCCAUGGUUCUCAAGUGUGCAGCAAACCUUUCUGCAUACCCAGUUUCUGCUCUGAACUCAGCCUUGGUAUUCAUCUAUUGACUUUAUUCAGUUCCUGGGUUGUUGGCUGGCUGACCAUUUAAAGAUGCUUUGGAUUAUAAGGGACAUGACAAAGUUAAGACUCCUUGUAAAUCCUUACAGCUGUUUGUCCUCACUAUGGUAAGAAUAGUUAGAGGGCUAAUGGGAAGCAAGGAAAUGCUCAUUUUAGAUGUGUUAUCAGUACUAGAUAUGACUCGGACUUCCACAUUAAAUUGAAGUGAGAGCUUGAAAGGCUGAUUUUUAUAUUAAAAAUGAGCACAAAUAGAGAAGGGUACCUUGUCUUUCCUCCCGCCCUGCCCCACCAUACUUUGUUUCUUCAGGCAUUUGUCGGCCUGGCCUAGAAGGUCUCCUUGAAGCAAUGGAAAGUGGAGAGGUAAAAUAAGGGAGGCUUAGGCUCCCUCAUCUGCAUAAUACUGCAGUAUAUUUUUUAUUAUUUUGUCCCUCAUGUGAAUGAAAUAAGUGAAGUUUUUAAUCAAUGGGUUAAAUACCCCCCUGCCCCAGUGCAGCAUUUUGUGUCCUCAAAUACAUUGCCAUUAAUCAGCAUGCUUCUUCUGAAACUAGAGAUCAAACGUAGCAGUACCUGUACUGUAAUACCUGCUUCAUGUACACAUCUGUAUGAUAGGAAAUGAAACACUUUCUGCUCUUGCUGCCAGUUGUGUUUCCUGUAUGUAAACAAAAGCAAUCAGUUAGCAGAAUGGGAAAUUGUUUAUUUGCAGGAUGCUUGCUGUAUGAACGGAAGGAAAUGUUCUUUUACAGAGAUCAGCUCAUUGUGUUGAGGCUACAUUGCUGGCGAAAUUGAUUUUAGAAUAGUUUGGGGAAAUUAGCUGCAAAAUAGGUGCAUCUAUUUUGAGUCCUAACAACUUCUUAACUCUUUACAUUAGUGGUUGAAGUUGAAGCUUAUAGAUCUCAUAACCAUCCCUAUUCAUAGUAUAUGAACGGGAUUUACACAGUUAAAUGAAUGUAAUUUUAAACAGGAAGUUUGCUGUUUGUGCACUGCCUUUUUAAAUUUUUGAAGCAAAGAUGUAAGGCAAAUUUGAAUGUAAUCUGAACAAAUUAGCUAGGAAAUAUGUAGCCUGAUAAUCUGUGGUUUAAAAUUUUGGAGGAUGCGGGAUAACAGGACUCCAGUAAAUCUCUGCACCCACCCUGCCUUGAAGUGAAAUAAAGGUUGUUUCCCCACUAGAACACCUUACUGCAGCUGAGAUGUUGCUUGUCAUUGGCUGGAGGCUUCACACAGGAUUUACCGUAUUUUUCGCUCCAUAAGAUGCACUUUUUUCCUCCUAAAAAGUAAGAGGAAAUGUCUGUACGUCUCAUGGAGCGAAUGCGUGGUCCCUGGAGCCGAAUUGCCCAGGGGCUAAAGGCAGAUCAUGCUCUCUCUUUUUUUUUAGAAAGAGCUAAAGGCUAGCAAGAGGGAAAGAGAGUGUUGAAAGGAACCUGCUCAGCAGCUGAUUGCAAGAGAUCAGGGAGGGAGAUAAGGGAGUUUGCUCCCUUCCUGGCCUGCCCGGCCCCUUGCCUAGGCCUCAGUUGUUGUUUGCAGAGGGAGACAUGUGACUGGCUGAUUAGAUUAUCUGUCUGGAAACUGUAGAAAUGGGUCCCUUUCCUUUCCUAGAGAAGCUGCAGAACUGUGAGUUGAACCCCAUAAAAACAGGAUUUUCCCCCUUUGCAAGGAAACUCAACAACUUUGAGCUGAUCCUAAAAAAUGGAGCUUUCCCCUUUGCAAAAAAAGAUGCACAACUGUGAGCUGAACCCCCCCCCCCCAAAAAACGGGGCUUUUCUCAUUUGCAAAAAAAAAGCUGCACAACUUUGAGCUGAUCCUUAAAAAAAUGGAGCAAAAGAAGCUUCCUGAAAUAUUUAAUUGGGGGGGGGGGGCAAAGGCACCUAGGCCUCUAGGAGUUGGCUGCUAUGCCUAGGACAAUUCAAGAAAGCAAAAUAUAUUUUUUUCUUGUUUUCCUCCUCUAAAAACUAGGUGCGUCCUAUGGUCAGGUGCGUCCUAUGGAGCGAAAAAUGUGGUAAUAGCCCACCAUUACCUUUCCAUGUAGCUAUUUGCUUAGAAUUAAGUCUAUCCAAGGCAGUGAACUACAAUAUAAACAUAAAAUUGCAAGAAUGUAACAUGAUGUUUCAAACACUACAUUGCAGAAACAAACAAACAAACAAGAAAACAUUAAAAUAUAAUUCAGGCAGUACAGAAUUGUUUCCAAAGCCACAACAAUAAAGAAGUAUAUACAAUAAAAUAACAUGUUUUAAAAACCACAUGAAACAGAUAUUUUUUUCUUUUUGAAUACCGCACAUCCCUUGAGAGGGAGAUCCAUAAAGUGGAGACCACUGUACUUUGAAGUCUCUGUCUCUGAAUCCCACCAAUUUGACAGAUCUUAAAAGUGAGCCAGUGAGCAGACCCUAUAUUGAGCGAAGGCCUCUCAACAUUAAGGAUCCCUCCUUGCAAGUUUUGUCCCUUUAUUGUUUUGUCAUGAGCAUGAUAGUUGUUUUUAGAAAGUUGCUUGCGAUUUGAGGACGCACCCCCCACGAGGAGUAAAAAUACACAGUGACACAUGAAUUUAGGUUAAUGGGCAAAAUAAGGCCACAACUUUAUUGGUUAGAGCAUGUGAAAGGUAUUGGCUUAGGCAUUGGAGACACAAGCAAGCAUGACUCCAUCCCGCUCGACGGGGAGUCAUAUAAGGUUAACAACCAGUGGGAGGAGCCUGUUGAUGCAAAUACAACUAGAGGCUUCCCCUGUCAUCACCAGGGGUCGUGUCAUGGCCCUAGCCAUCAACAGGGCAUCGGAUAGGAUCCACGACCGCCGGAUCCCUUUAACGGGAUACCCCUAAAAGAGGAGGGUUGGAUGAUGGCCACAACCAGUCCUCUAACACACAAGACAAACACAUAUUCCAAUGCCUAACCACCAAUACCAAAAAGUUGUGACGAAUUGCUACGAGGUAGGCGGAAAAACCAAGAGGCCAGUGCCAAAUGGAUAAAAAACUCCUACCAGGCCCCUUGGGCAAGCAAGGCGACCAACUGAAGUCCAUAGCAAGGUCAAUAGCAAACAACACAAAGAGGUAGACCUAAAGGGAGGGUGGGCGGGAGAUCCGAUGUGGUGCAGCAGCAGAAUGAGAUUUGAAUGCUGCUGCACCCGCUUAAAUGUAGUCAAACCCCGCCCCCAACCAGCUCUAUUGGCCAGCUGAGAGACUUGGCGCGGCCGCAGGGAUAGGCUGGUGCAGGGGGCCGAAAAACACCGCCCUGCUUAGUGCGGGAAGCAGCUCCUGCUCGCAAAGUCUCCCCUCUUCAAGGAGGAGAUAUCUUCUUAACAGAUCUAUGGCCCCACCUGCACUAUACAUUUAAAACAGUAUCAUGCCACUUUAAACAGUUAUGAUUUCCUCCAAAGAAUCCUGGGAACUGUCAUUUGUUAAGGGUGCUGAGAGUUGUUAGGUGACCUCUGUUUCCAUAAGCAACUGCAGUUCUUCCAAUCACUCUUCCCAGGGAACUCUAGGAAUUGCUAGGUGCUAUAAUGUCUCAUAAUUUUGUAUAUUUACAGAUCUAUAUUUGUCUUGUAAUGUUGGCAGGAAAGGUUUUCUCUUAUUUUCUGCAUUCUUAGAAAUGGAUUAUCAUUCAUGGAUUUAAUUUUAAAAUGUAUCCUCCCUUGCUGUUCCUUUAUCAGCAUACAUUUAUUUAGAAUUUCUGAAGUUUUAGUGGGCUAGUUUAGAUGUGUUUCCAAACAUUUGAUUCUGUGAAGCAGAUAAGUUGAUGUCAUGAUCUACUACUCUACCCCUUCAUCUUGUGUGUUCUAAUUAUUAGAUUGCACUCCAGUCAUUUUGUCUGGGGAGGAUGUUGGAGUACAGAUUAUUCAGCAGCUGUGUGCUUCCCAGCUAAGUCUUAGGUGCAAUCAUUUUAUUUUACUUUAUAUUUAGUUUGUAUUCUCCACCCCUGAAUCAUAUAUGGUUCCACUGUCCCAUUUUCAGUGAGACAUCCUGGAUUGACAGAAGCCGCCCUGGCUUCUCAUCCCAAUCCUGGGUGUGCCAUUCUGGCUCCCGUGCUUUAGCUAUGCCAGUUCAACAUGGUACCAAAAGAUGGAUGUUUUUUCAUCUUUCCCUGUGGUGCGAGUCAAUUGGCUCACACCAGAGCGUAGGACCAAAAAAUGGAAGCAAAGCCUACCUUGCCCAUCACCACUCUUCUUCCUGGCUUCCGGAAGCAAACACAUCUGCGGACGAGCUGGAGGCCACAGUGACUUCUCCCAAGGCCAUGCCAGCCACAGAGGAGGCAAAGACCAUGGAGGAGGAGGCUGCAGAGGUGGCAGGCAGUGGCAAAUGAGUGGGUAUGUGGAGUAAAAGUGAAUUGCUGUCAACUUGAUCUUGAUCUGAAGUUAUAAAAUGCAGACCCAGAAAUGAGUCCUACCUUCUGGAAUGGCAACCUGAAAGAUCUUUUGAAACACACAGACACUGUAACUCUUUCUUACUUCACUUCAUAAAUAAUGGAAAUGUCAGACCAACAGCACUUCUCUUGAAGAUAAGGCUUUGCAUUCCCUUCCUGUUGCUUGGAUAUGAGUGAUCACACAUCACAGGAAGAAAAACACAAAUCCAGCAGAACUUCCUUAAAGUUUAAGGAAUCAGCAAGAAUUAUGCAGUCUGAUGACUAUUUUGCAAGGAAAUUUAAGGCUCUAAAUGGUAAUAUGGGCCCCCCUUCUUCUCUAAGCGCAACCAACAAAGGUGAAAGCAGCAACCCAGCCAAUGGUACCCCAGCUAUGCCUAAGAUGGGUGUCCGAGCCAGAGUAUCUGAAUGGCCUCCUAAGAAAGAUUGUACCAAGGAAUUAAGCAGAGCUACAUGGGAAAGUAGACCUCAAGUUAGUUAUGACGGUGCUGGGUCAGCAAAUGGUGAUCAGAAUGAGGGGCAGCAAAAAGAACCCCUUGAUAUAGAAUUUGCAGAGGCAAAGUAUGCAUUAGGAGACAUUUUUCUCCAUUCACCACACAGAGGGCUUCACCCUAUAAGACAAAGAAGCAACAGUGAUGUUACAAUCAGUGACAUUGACACAGAGGAUGUAUUAGACCAGAAUGCUGUUAAUCCAAAUACAGGAGCAUCUCUCCAUAGGGAAUAUGGAAGCACUUCAUCAAUUGACAGACAAGGUUUGUCUGGUGAGAAUUUUUUUGCAAUGCUUCGAGGCUACAGGGUGGAAAACUUUGAGCAUAAAACACACAUGCCAUUUGGAUUUCCUGAAUUUUUUCACUGCGAUCCAACGAUUUCUCCAAGUCUCCAUGCUGCAGCACAGAUUUCCAGAGGAGAAUUUGUAAGAAUUUCUGGACUUGACUACAUGGAUAGUGCCCUGCUAAUUGGUAGAGACCGGGACAAAUCUUUCAAAUGGAGAUUGAAGUCAGAAUCUGUAGAAACGUCACUCUUUAGAAAAUUGCGGACUGCUAAAAGUGAACAUGAAACCCUUAAAUUCUCGUCUGAACUAGAAGAAAGUAGACUUGAUAAAAAUGUUCAUCCUUGGAACUGUCAGAAGUGUUUCGCACAUUAUGAUGUCCAGAGCAUUCUGUUUAACAUUAAUGAAGCAAUGGUUACCAGAAUUAAUGUGGGGAAAAGAAAAAAUAUAACCACUGGGGCAUCUGCUGCAUCACAAACUUCAACGGUAGCUGGACAGCUUGGAAGCUGUGAAUCUCCUAUGGGGAGUAAAGAGGAUCUCAAUUCAAAAGAGAACUUAGAUGCUGAUGAAGGUGAUGGGAAAAGUAAUGACCUAGUACUGAACUGUCCUUAUUUCAGGAAUGAAACUGGUGGGGAAGGUGAUAGGCGGAUUGCGCUCUCUAGGGCAAACUCGGCCUCCUUUUGUGCAGGAGAUAGUUGUUCUUUUGAGUCUUCACUAAGUUCACAUUGCACGAAUGCCGGUGUUUCGGUGCUGGAAGUACCCAGAGAGAAUCAACCAAUCCACAGAGAGAAAGUGAAACGUUAUAUCAUUGAGCACAUUGAUCUUGGUGCAUAUUACUAUAGAAAGUUUUUCUAUGGAAAAGAGCAUCAAAACUACUUUGGAACAGAUGAAAAUUUAGGACCAGUAGCAGUCAGCAUCAGAAGGGAGAAGUUUGAAGAUGCAAAAGAGAAAGAAGGUUCACAGUUCAACUACCGUGUAGUGUUCAGAACAAGUGAGCUUACCACGUUGAGGGGAGCCAUUUUAGAAGAUGCUAUUCCAUCCACUGCUAGACAUGGCACAGCACGAGGUUUACCUCUUAAAGAAGUAUUGGAAUAUGUAAUACCAGAACUGAGCAUUCAGUGCCUAAGGCAAGCUUCCAACUCACCCAAAGUUUCUGAACAGCUGCUUAAACUUGAUGAACAAGGGCUGAGUUUUCAGCACAAGAUUGGGAUCCUGUAUUGCAAAGCUGGCCAAAGCACCGAGGAGGAGAUGUAUAACAAUGAGACUGCAGGACCAGCUUUUGACGAAUUCCUUGAUCUCCUAGGUCAGAGAGUAUGGCUGAAAGGUUUCAGUAAAUACCGAGCUCAGCUAGACAAUAAAACUGAUUCAACUGGAACACAUUCCCUUUAUACUACCUACAAAGAUUACGAAAUAAUGUUUCAUGUUUCAACUAUGCUUCCAUAUAUGCCGAGUAACAGGCAACAGGAAAUAACUACGCCCUGCUUGGUCACUGAUCAGGACAUCCCUCUAGUUUUAGAGCGAGCAGGAGAUCCAAACACACAGCUUUUAAGGAAAAGGCACAUAGGAAAUGACAUUGUUACCAUUGUCUUCCAAGAGCCUGGAGCGCUUCCUUUUACUCCAAAAAAUAUCCGUUCUCAUUUUCAACAUGUGUUUGUCAUUGUUAAAGUCCACAAUCCUUGCACUGAAAAUGUGUGCUAUAGUGUUGGAGUUUCAAGGUCAAAAGAUGUACCACCUUUCGGGCCACCAAUACCUAAAGGAGUGACUUUCCCUAAAUCAGCAGUUUUCCGGGACUUUCUUUUGGCCAAAGUUAUUAAUGCAGAAAAUGCAGCACACAAGUCAGAAAAAUUUCGAGCCAUGGCCACUAGAACACGGCAGGAGUACUUGAAAGAUCUUGCAGAAAACUUUGUUACUACUGCUACAGUAGACACGUCAGUCAAGUUCAGUUUUAUUACGCUGGGAGCAAAGAAAAAAGAGAGAGUGAAACCAAGGAAGGAUGCCCACUUACUCAGCAUUGGAGCAGUGAUAUGGAAUGUGAUAGCACGAGACUUUGGUCAGUCCCUUGAUAUUGAAUGUCUUCUUGGUAUCUCAAAUGAGUUCAUCGUGUUGAUUGAAAAGGAAUCAAAGAACGUUGUUUUCAACUGCUCCUGCAGAGAUGUUAUUGGAUGGACAUCUGGAUUAAUGAGUGUUAAAGUUUUUUAUGAAAGAGGAGAAUGUGUUCUUCUCUCAGCACUUGAUAACUGUGCUGAUGACAUCAGAGAAAUGGUUCAAAGACUGGAAAUAGUAACUAGAGGAUGUGAAACAACAGAAAUGACCUUAAGGAGAAAUGGUUUGGGACAGCUCGGAUUCCAUGUUAACUUUGAAGGGAUUGUAGCAGAUGUGGAGCCGUUUGGUUUUGCCUGGAAAGCUGGCCUACGUCAAGGUAGUCGCCUCGUGGAGAUCUGUAAAGUAGCUGUAGCAACCCUGACUCAUGAACAAAUGAUUGACCUGCUGCGCACUUCUGUGACUGUAAAGGUGGUGAUUAUCCAGCCACAUGAAGAUGGAUCACCUAGACGGGGUUGCUCAGAACUGUGUCGAAUUCCCAUGGUGGAGUACAAACUUGACAGUGAAGGCACCCCAUGUGAGUAUAAAACCCCUUUCAGGAGGAAUACUACUUGGCAUCGGGUGCCAGCUCCUGCAGGGCAGCCUCUUUCUCGUGCCUCUCCAAUCCUAGGAACAUCUGAUAGAUUGCAGUGCCAGCAGCUUCUCCAGCAGGCGCAAACAGCCAUUCCUCGCAGUACUUCAUUUGACAGAAAGCUGCCAGAUGGUGCAAGAAGUUCACCGAGCAACCAAUCAUCCUCCAGUGACCCAGGACCAAGUGGGAGUAGUCAGUGGAGACACCAAGUUGGAUAUGAUGGGUGCCAGUCCCCUUUACUUCAUGAUCACCAGGGUUCAGGUCCACUGGAGAGUGAAGGAGGCAGAGAACAUGAAGAAUCUUUGGAAGCGACCAGGCAUCCCAAUGAAACCAAGUGGCAUGCACCAUCAACCAAAGUCUUGAGUUCCUAUAAAGACCGCGCUUUACAGAAAGAGAACAGUGGCAAGGAUUCACCAAACAAAUUUUCUCAUAUUGGAGACAAAAACUGUUCCAGCCAUUCCAGCAGUAAUACCCUGUCAAGUAACACAUCCAGCAACAGUGAUGAUAAGCACUUUGGCUCCGAAGACCCAAUGGACACUGACUUGCUUGGAUUAACAUACAUUAAAGGGGCUUCUACUGACAGCGGGAUUGAUACAGCUCCUUGUAUGCCUGCUCCAAUUUUGGCCCCUUUGCACCUGGCUGGAAACCGGUCAGGGAUACAUAGCCGGACUGAUCAGUGGGCUGAAUCUUCUGAAGCUCCUGGACCAGAUGAUGAGACUAAAAUGUAUGCUGUUCACAGCUAUGCUUCUGCCAUUUCUAGCAGUCAUACAGGUGAUGGUAGCAUGGGAGACCUCAGUGAAAUAUCUUCACAUUCCAGUGGGUCACAUCAUUCAGGAAGUCCUUCAACACAUGGCCCUAAAAGCAGUGGAUCAUUAGAUACGUCCAAAGUGUACAUAGUGUCACAGAAUUGCAGUCAACAGAUCUCUGGCUCCAUAGCAAAAUGCUACCCUCGACAAGGAGCUAUUAGCAAAUAUGUCAUUGGCUGGAAAAAGUCAGAAGGUAGCCCUACACCUGAGGAGUCUGAAGCUUCGGAAUGCCAAGAAAUGUAUAGUGAUGUUGAGGGCCUAUCGUCAAGUCAGCUUCAGGCCUCUGUAAGGAAUACAGUUUCUGAAAGUCAGCGAGUCUUAUCAAAAGAAGAGUUUUUGAAGUUGAUGAUGCCAGACAACAUCUCUGUGGAGGAAGGCAGAAGAAAGUUUUCAUUUUACGGGAACCUAUCUCCAAGGAGGACGCUAUACCGCACUCUUUCUGAUGAGAGCAUAUGUAGCAAUCGGAGAGGAUCUUCAUAUGCUAGCUCGCGGAGCUCAAUGCUAGACCAAGCUUUGCCAAAUGAUAUUUUGUUCAGUACUACACCACCAUAUCACAGCACCUUACCUCCUAGAACAAGCUUAACCACUGGUACUGGACGCCUACGACAUGAGUUUUGGUUCUCAGACGGGUCUUUAUCUGACAAAUCAAGAUUCAAUGAUCCUGGGUUGAUGCCCCUUCCAGAUACAGCAACAGGAUUAGACUGGUCUCACCUUGUAGAUGCUGCACAAGCAUUUGAAGAUUUUGACUCUGACGAAGAACUUGGGCCAGUCUGUCAUCACACUCCGUUUCUAGAUCAAAGGGUUUCAUCUUUUUGCACCUUGAAUGACAUGCAGCAUGUGCAAAGCCUGGAGAGUAAUCAAGCCUUGGGCGCAAGUCCAACAAAUGGAAAGGACUUCAUUGACACUACUGGGGAGGAUAGCCCUACUACAUUGACUGGAAAAGUAAACCAGCUGGAAGUGAUCCUCCGGCAGUUGCAAACUGAUCUUCGGAAGGAAAAACAAGACAAAGCUGUUCUCCAAGCUGAAGUCCAACAUUUGAGACAAGAUAACAUGAGACUUCAGGAAGAAUCUCAAACAGCAGCUGCUCAGCUAAGAAAAUUUACAGAAUGGUUUUUCAAUACAAUAGACAAGAAAUCCUAAUAUCAAAGUCCCUGUAAAAGCACAGUUGAAGUCACAUAAUACCAGUAACUUUUGAAGUAGCCUAAUAUAAUUUCACUGUGUCCACAAUCCAUUUUACAUUUUCUGCUGUAAUCUCUGCCCAGCCCCAGGCUACUGACAGUAAGAAAUUAUCUUCAUAUUCAUCUGAAGAAAACAGAGAAUGAAUAGCAGACAUUUGUUUUUGUGAAGAUGAAUGUACAAUUCCUGGUGUCAUUUUAGACAUUUUAGAGUAUACUUCUGACUUGGGAUUGCCUGAAGAAGAAUAAAUUAGGGUUUAUCUUCGGUACUUCAGCUGCUCCAGUGAAGAUGCUAAAGCAAUUUAUGGUAGCUUGGGUUUCAGUAUUGUAAGAUAAAUAAUAAUAAUAAACUAGACAUAUACUUUCAUGUUUAAAGGUGCUCUAUUUUUUUGUAUGUACAGUAGAUAUUUCCACAGUCACAUUGUCAUAGCAAUAAGAAUGGAAGUAGAAUUGAAUAGUCACAAAACUGUGUUUAUAAAAAUUAGCACUGAGGUGUUUAACACUAGUUUGGAUGCAUAUAUAUUAGGGGUUAUUUAUUUGCAGAAAAAAAUGGUGCCUGAAUUUAAGCAGUGUUCUGAUUUUUCUAAAAAUAUAUAUACACACGCCUUGUAAAUGGCUCACUUGAAUCAGUUCACUCCAAUGUCAGUUCCUUUUGUAUAGUUCAUGUUCAGCUAAGAUUGUUCUAGAGAAACUAACUAUUGAAACCAUAUGUGGUGCAAGCCAGCCAAUCAUUUGUAUAAUGCCAGAUUUGUUUAUCUUUGUACAGAAGCUUUGAGCAAGUGACUUAUAUUUAACACCUUUAUUUAAGCUUAUUUAACCUGUUAAUUUUAUAAAGCUUUUGUUUUAUCUGCACUAUGGUGAGGACAGUGGAUUGCAAGCUACAAUGUGUGUUUAGCUUGCCAAAAUGGCACUGCAGAGUUCUAGAAAAUUCUAACUAUUGGAUGCUGCUAGUACACAAUUUGUGUAAGUAUACUUUAACAUUUUUAACUGUUUCAUUUGAAAUGAACAUACAUUUUGCUUUUUUAAUAAAUGUUAAAAAUGUGAACCACAAAUAAGAACUCUCUGUUUAUUAACAAAAGCUGCUGCGUUUGAUAGAUUCAAUAAAGGAAGAGCACAGUUAAAACAUUUCGCUUGCACUCUGGUUCCAAAUCUAAGAACUUGAGUAGCUACUGCUUCAAUUCACUUUUACACACCCCUUUUUAAUUCACAGUGUGCAAUUUAAUAACAACUCUGGGUCGUAUCUGUAAAAUAGUCUGCAAUCCCAUCUUCUUUCUUCUUCUUCUUUGGCGAUCACUCAUAGCCAAGUAAGAUUGUCUUCCAUAAACACGGUUUUAACAAUGAGUCCAUAAGUGACUGUGGAGGCCAAUUCUGGAUCCACACAUCCUUCCACAGUGGGGACAUUGGUUUCCGGGCGGGAGUUGAUCACGGUGUGGAUUUGCCAAGCGUGCCUUCCUCUUAGCACAUUUCUUCCUUGCGUCCUGAGAUCGAGUGUCUUCAAAGCCCAUGACACCUUUGGUAAAGGCUGUUCUCCAACUGGAGCGCUCGCAGGCCAGUGUUUCCCAGUUGUCAGCGUUUAUACUACUUUUUUUAGAUUUGCCUUGAGACAGUCUUUGAACCUCUUUUGUUGACCACUAGCAUUACGCUUUCCAUUUUUAAGUUCGGAAUAGAGUAGUUGCUUUGGAAGACGAUCAUCAGGCAUCCACACAUGACCAGUCCAAUGAAGCUGAUGUUGAAGAAUCAUUGCUUCAACACUGGUGAUCUUUGCUUCUUCCAGUACACUGAUAUUAGUAAGCCUGUCUUCCCAAGUGAUGUGUAAUUUUUUUUUCAGAGACACUGUUGAUGGAAUCUUUCAAGGAGUUGGAGAUGGCGUUUAUAAGUGGUCCAUGUUUCACAAGCAUAUGGUAAGGUUGGUAAGCAUUUUGGUUUCCCUGCGAAUGUCCCGGUCCUCAAACACUGUGCACUCACAGAGCUCAGUCGAUGCUGGAUUUCGGCAUGAAUAUUGGCCCUUGUGGAAAGGUAACUGCCUAGGUAGGAGAAGUGAUUGACAUUUUCCAACAUUACACCAUUGAGUUGGAUUUCUAGCACUGCAGAGGGGUUGUUGGUGCAGAACUUUGGUUUUUUUGGAUGUUUUUUGGAUGUUGAGUGAUAGGCCAAGCUUUUCGUAAGCUUCUGCAAAGAUAUUUAGGAUGGUUUGGAGGUCAUCCUCUGAGCGUGCAUGCACUACGUUGUCAUCAGCAUACUGAAGAUCUCUGACGGAAGUUACGGUAACCUUACUCUUUGCUUUCAGCCUGCUCAAAUUGAAGAGCUUUCCUUCUGUUCGAUAUAUGAUUUCUACUCCGGUGGGGAGUUUCCCUUCAACAAAGUAUAGGAUCAUGGCAAUGGAAAUAAAAUAGAGUUGGGGCAAUAACACAACCCUGUUUAACACCUGAUCCCACUGUGGAUGGUUCACUUUGAAAGUCAUUGUUAUCUGUGAUUGUUGCUGUCAUAUUAUCAUGGAGGAGCCAAAUGAUGUUUACAAAUUUAUGUGGGCAGCCAAUUUUCAGAAGGACCAUCCACAGGGCAUUAUGAUUUACAGUGUCAAAACCUUAGUCAGGUCAAUAAACGCCAUAUACAGGGGUUGGUUUUGCUCUCUGCAUUUUUCUUGAAGCUGUCAAGCAGUGAAAAUUAUGUCCACUGUCCCCCUAGAAGGCCGAAAACCAUUUUGGGAUUCAGGAAGGGUCACCUCAGAUAUUGUUACAAGACGGUUUGCUAAGAUUCUUGCAAUAAUUUGGCCUGCCGUAGCUAAUAGAGAGAUGUCUCAAUAGUUUUCACAAUCAGUUCUCUCACCUUUUGUAAAGAGAUUGAUAAUUUUGGCAUCCCUAAAGUCUGCUGAGAUUUCUUCUCUUUCCCAGAUUUUUUUGAUGAGCUUGUGAAGUUGUUGUGUAAGUUCAGUUCUGCCCACUUUGAAGAUUUCAGCAGGUAUCCCAUCAGGUUCUCUGGCUUUGUUGUUUUUCAUUUGGUUAAUAGCUGUACACAACUCUCCCAGAUUUGGAGAUACUGCAAGCUCAUCUCUAACUUGUUUUUGUGGAAUUUGUGAGAGGGCCUCAGCAGCUAGGGGGGAGUUGCGCUUAAGGAGAUGUUGGUAAUGUUCUUUCCAGCGCAGUGCAAUAGCUUUUUUAAUCUUUUAGAAAUGUGAUACCGUCUGCUGAGCAUAGGGGGCAUAUGCCAUGAUUUAUUGGCCCAUGUGCAUCAUGAGUGUCAGCUAAGUGCUGGAUCUCUUGACCUUUUUUCUCCCUGGUUCUUCUUUGAACCUCAGCCUUAGCGUUGGCAUAGGUUUUUUUCUUAGUGGCACAGUUUCUAUCUCUUUGCCAGAUCUAAAAGACCUUCCUUGUCAAUCAUGCAUUCAAUAUCACUGUCAUUCUCAUCAAACCAGUCCUGGUGUUUCUUGGUUUGGUAUCCAAUAGUUUGUUCACAGGCUGCAAUAAUGGAUGUUUUUAGCUUGGUCCAGUGUUCCUCGAUGUUAUCAGGGAAUUCUGAAAGCAGAUGGUCCUUAAGAGUCGUUUGGAAGCAAUCCCGCUUAAUGGGAUCUUGAAGGGCUUGAGUGUUCAUUUUGGGCCUUGGUUUCCUUCCUAGAAGCCUGCGUUGAGGUAUAACCUUGAUAGCCAUCAUGGAGCGUAUUAGUCGGUGAUCUGUCCAGCAGUCAUUGGCGUUCGUCAUAGCUCUGGUAAGAAGCACAUCACAGUGAUCUUUAGCACGGACAAUAACAUAGUCUAAGAGGUGCCAGUGGUUUAAUAACAACUCUGGGUCGUAUCUGUAAAAUGGUCUCCAAUCCCAUACACACUUACACAUUGAACAUUGCAGGACUUAUGGUGCAAUCCUAUACAUAUUUACACAGAAAUAUUUGCUUCAAAAUGUCUAGCUGUGUACUGGUAUACAUGGUGGUCAAAAAUGUUUGCAACAUCUUAAAAGGAGGUGGUCUUGAUUAUUUUAACAUCUUAAUUCCCGCAUUUUAAAAAUUAGGAAUCACAUUAGAUACCACAUUUUAAAGGUUUUGGGCCAUGAAACCUCUGGACUCCAACUCCCAUCAUCCCAGACCACUACCUAUGUAACAUCUGGAGGUCCACACUUACCUCGCCCCUGACUUAUGUGUGCUGCCUUGAUGUGUCUGAAACAAGCAUUCAGUGAAGAAAUUUUGAAGGAAGUGUGCAAGGAAAAAAAAUCUUUAUUGGCCCAACUUGCUUUUAAAUACACUACUUCAAGGGUGCUACAAAUAUGAACAAUUAAACCAAUUUCAUAAAAGUGAAGCAAAUCUUUAAAACAUUGAGCUUUUUCAUUCAUGUUUUAAAGAUAUACCUGUAUCUCAAUUGUUAUACUUGUAUACUUGUUUUAAUAAAUAUUACAGUCUACAACAUGUUCAUUGUUCUUCUGUAUAGUGAUCCUUUGAAUGUCCUUGAGCAAUGAACCCUUUUCGUGUAUUGUUAAGGUUUCAUCCUCCCUCACCUAGCACAUUUUUCUUCCUUGUUGGUACUUUCCUUCAUGGUUUCUCAGAAAUGUCCAGUGACCAAGCUAUCACGUAAUUAAGCGGCUGCAUGAAAACAUGAACAUGGUCUGAGUGACAUUAUAUGAAGUGUAACAAAAGUAUUUUCUUUUAGUUGGUCAACCAUGGUUAAAAACCAUUAAGAGGUCAACAGGCUAUAAUGGUGCAGAUGGAAGAUUAAUGCUGUGGCCAAGUGCCCAACACCACAGUUUGUGAUCGUCGUGGAAGGAACUGUAUUGCAAAAUUCUGCACUUUACAAGCACUGGCUUUGAUUUCUAGAAUUCUGAGCAAUUGUUUGAAAAAGUCCCAUUAAUUUAAAGUAAUUAAAUGUGGCACUUGCACGUUCCACUAGAGCUUGGUUUCAAAUAAAAGGCAUUGGGUUAAACCCAUCUGUCUAAAAGCCUUGCCAAAUGUCAAGCUCUUCAAUUUAAAGAAACUUCAAAGCAUGGUGCUAAUCAUCCUUAGAAUUAUGAGCAAAUUUAAGUAGUUUCAAAAAGCAGACUUUCGCUGAACAAAUAGAUGACCAUUUAUAUAAAUAGUUUCCAUAUCUUUUUAGAGAAUGAUUUAAUUGAGGUGUAGUAAUAGACACUGUCUUAUGUUUGCAGCUGCUGUGAUAGGGACGAUAAUUUAGCUGCUUACUGAGAUUUAGCAAGUAAGAGUCUAUCAUUCCCCUUUAUUAUCAGUUGUUUCUUUUUAGCCAGAACUGAAAUUUAUGUUUCCCACUCCACAUUUGCUAUGUUUGUCAUUCCUGUGGUAGCCCACUGUGGUUACUUAUACACAUGUUUUUACACAUGAGUAGCAGUAGAUUUGAGAUUAGGCUUUCUUCCUUUUAUCCCUAAGAAUCGUGGGAUGGAAUAAAUGUACAUGGCUAUUUUAUGGCAUAUUUGCUGAUUGCAGCAUAAAGCAAAAACCCAAAGUUGAGAAUCACACACUUCUGAAAUUUACCGUAAAUCUACAUAAAAGAAAGUUAUACUGAAAAUAGUGCUAACACCAGUGGGGGGGGGGGAGGCACCUGCAGCUGUAGAAGUAGGACACGGGAAUAGAGGUCUACUGAUUUAUGAGUGGUGUGAAGAAAAUUGAUAUUAAUUGUUCCCUUUUUGUAUAAUAGCAAAACACCAGGUCACACAACAAAGUUGAUUGCCAGACCAGAUCCACGCAGCACAUAAUCAACUACCGGUAAUGGUAUUCACUCACACAAAGUGUGGUGAUGACCACUUGCUUAGGUGGCUUUUAAAGAGGAUUAGACUUGUAAACUUGUAAAGGACAGGUCCAUCAGUAGCUAUUAGUCAUGCUAACGGUUGAAGCUCCAUGUUGAGAAUCAGUAUACCUUUGAAUAGCAGAUGCUGCAACAAACGGGGAAAGGCUGUUGAUUUCGUUCCAUUCUGUGAACUUACUGAGAGCGAUCAGGUUGGGAGCUUUUGGAAUGCUGGUCUAAAUGGUCUAAUCAAUGAUAGUUCUUAUGUCAUCAGUCUACUAUCAAUACUCUGGCUGGUCCACUGCUGGUUUUAAUGAAGUAUAAUUUGUACAUGAGUAGACCUUUGUAUUGUAUAGGGGCCCUGUAUCUUCAGUGACAUCUUCAGUAAAUUAAUGAUCAGCUGAGCAAUAGUGAAAAUAGAGAAGAGAGAAUCAAUCAUAGAUGAAAUGGUGAAUUAUAUCCAGAUGCUCUCUUAGAAGUGAGGUCAAACAACUUGACAAAGAAUGAGAAAGAUAAAAUUGAAGUCUGUCCUUAUUAACCAUGACCUUGGCAAUCCAUAGUCCGCUGGCUGAUUGAUUUUUGAAGUGAAUGUGGUUUAAACCUUUUACUAAGCUCCAAAUAAUAUACAUCCCACACAAAACCCCCAAUGUAUUAUGUGUGUCAAAAGCUGGAGAACCCCACAUGCAGCAGGCUGUCAAAUUGGAUAGUUGAAUUGUAGGCAGAAAUUUGUGAUACUUUGCCAACAUUUUAAUUCUUUUUAUUAAGAAAUGUGUACCCUUUCAAAUUAUAUAUGUGCAUGUGACAACAUGACCAGCAUCUCCUGCUGCUGCCCUGCAGCGAUUCUGAAUACCUUGAUUACACCUUUGUAAGCCACAGUUCUUCUCUCGAAGAAAAGUGCUGAAAGAUCAGGAUGUCAGGAGCACAAACAUAGCUAUUUCCACUGUCUCUCUUAAGAGUAGCAACAGAACAGUGCUUCAGGGCCUGCGAGCUCACUGAUUUCCUAUCUGUUUGUGAGGAGGCAGGGUGGAAAGGCAGCUCAACAUCUUGUAGAAAGGCAUGGUUGGCAGUCAGCCCAUGGAACAACAUCUUAAUCACAACAUGUGAAUAACUAGAAGAUACUAGACAGGUCUUCUGGAAAGGAAUCCGAGGUUUUUGUGCUUCAUUUCUGAAACCAAAUGUUCUGUUUAUGUAAAUGCUAUCUUUUGUCUUGAUCAGUUUGCUUCAAAUGCCGUCACUGGAACCCAAAUAAAUUAUGACUAAUUGUGCAGGUGGCAUCUUGCAUAUGUAUUUAGUACGUCCCUCUUCAGAAAAACAAACAGGAUGUACGUCCUUUUAUAAUGAUUCCUAACUCAUAUGAACUGAAGAUGUUUAAUUGCCUAGGGCUUGCCGAUCGGAAGGUCGGUGGUUCGAAUCCCCAUGACGGGAUGAGCUCCCGUUGUUCAUUCCCAGCUCCUGCCCACCUAGCAGUUCAAAAGCACGUCAAAGUGCAAGUAGAUAAAUAGGUACCACUCCGGUGGGAAGGUAAACAGCAUUUCCGUCCCCUGCUCUGGUUCACCAGAAGCGGCUUAGUCAUGCUGGCCACAUGACCUGGAAGCUGUCUGCAGACAAACGCCGUCUCCCUUGACCUAUAGAGCGAGAUGAGUGCACAACCCCAGUGUCAUCCGUGACUGGACCUGACGGUCAGGGGUACCUUUACCUUUAACAGUGGCCAAGGUCUUGUCACUGGGAGGUAAAAAUCAGGUGGUAUCUCUACCACAGGAGAGAAGGGGUUAAGUUCCAAGCUGGGAAGCUACCUUAUAGACCAGGCGUCCCCAAACUGCAGCCCUCCAGAUGUUUUGGCCUACAACUCCCAUGAUCCCUAGCUAACAGGACCAGUGGUCAGGGAUGAUGGGAAUUGUAGUCCAAAACAUCUGGAGGGCCGAAGUUUGGGGAUGCCUGUUAUAGACAGUGCUUUCCUCCUAGAAAAAAUGGUACUGGUACUCACCAUGAAGUUGUGACAAUAAGUGCCACACUUGACCAAUGCUUUUCUUCUAGGGGGGAAAAGUUGUGGUACUGCGUACCCUUGAGUACCUCCAGAAAAAAUCACUGCUUAUAGAUAUGACCUCUAUCAUAUCUAUAAUAUAGAGGCAAUGCAUCUAAUUGAUGCCCAGCCUUUCCCUGGAGGCAAGCUACAUGCAUAAGGAAGGUAUGAAGCAGGAAGCAGGAAGUGAGAGUGCUUGGCUGGGGAAGAAGGAAAAGGCGUGUAGAGUCAAGAAAAUGUAGAGAGAAUAGGCGAAUGUUGGAUGGGUAGCAGUCUGCCUGCUACUGAAGCACAUCCACUUGUUAACCCAAACUGUGCUCACAAGAAAGAGAAAUGAGAUCCAAACUCAGCAGGAGCCAAACUACUUGGACAUCUGAUUUUCCAGGGAGGGCUACAGUGGCUUAAAGCAAAAGGCUCCAUGCUGACUCCCAGGAGGCCUGCAAUUUGAACCUACAGUAGUUGUGGCUCACUAUCCAGACACUACUGUUCUUCUGGAAGGAAGCACCAAAGCUUAUCAGUAUUUCCAGUUUUGACCCUGCCAUCAUUAUUAUUACAUUUCUUAGUCACAAAAAAAAAAUUAUCAAAGCUCAUUAGGAAAGCAAGGUUAAUUCUUGCUCCUGCAUGCUACUCUGUUAGGUGCAGAGGCCUCUAUUAAUAAAAUAGGCAAAUUAUUCUUUUCUCAGAACCCUUAAAACCUCAGGUUUUAAUCUCUUAACCUGUCCUCCACAGUCAGUUCUUUAGCUAGUACAGGGGUCUGCAACCUGCGGCUCCGGA